AUGUGUUACUAUGGAGGAUACUAUGGAGGCCUGGGCUAUGGCUACAGUGGCAUAGGUUGUGGCUAUGGCUGUGGCUGUGGCUGUGGCUGUGGCUGUGGCUGCGGCUAUGGCUGUGGCUUUGGUAGCUAUGGUUAUGGCUGCUGCCGACCACUGUGCUGUAGAAGGUACUGGUCCUGUGGCUUCUACUGA